AUGUCGGCCUUCACCUCCGAGCCGACGCUUCUGCCCGAGCGCCGUGGCAGCGCACUGGCCGCACACCAGGCGGCACUGCGCAAGUCUGGCGCCUGCUUCUCGCCGACGCCCACACACGUGGCCAUCGCCGGCGUCGACACCAGCCCCGACGUCUCGCCCAGCUCGUCGCCGACGCGCACCGGCUUCCGCCUGCUGACGCGCAACGGCAGCCUGUCGCGCUCCAGCAUCGGCAAGGAGCCAUGGUCGAGUCUCGACGGCACAAGUCUUCUGCCUCUCGCUUCCGGCUGGAACAUGACGCGCCGCUGCUCCGACGAGAGCGCCGUCUCGGCAGGCAGCUCCAACUUGUCCUCGCGCAGCGGCGGCGACAGCCGUGACUGCAGCCCGACGCAGAUGAGCUUCAACCGCGCUGAGCGGCGCAGCCUCACGGGCGCCACGACGCUCAUGUUCGACCGCUUUGCGUCGACCUCGCCGACGGAUUCCUUCCCUCCGACACCCGGACUGGUCGAGGAUCUGCCGAGCCCCUCCGGCUCGGGACUUCAACGGCGGCGCACCUCUUCCAGCGCGCCCGUCCGCCGCAGCUCCGGCGGCACCUCUUCGGAGCCGCCCUUCUUGCUUACCUCGCACGCUUCGUUGCGGCGCAGCAGCCACCUUUCCGGAUCCACAUCGCCGCUGCCUCCGGUCUCGCACUGCGGCUCGCGCCGCGGCAGUGUCUUCACCGACGACAGCGUGCCCUUCAGCGGCGUGCCGGCGUACCUCGUCGAGGGCGCACUGCUUGCCGUCAAGGAGGCUCCGCAGGGUGCCGGACAGGUGCUCACACGCACCCUCAGCGACGAGGCACGCCAGGCGCACGGUAUCCAGGUGCACCACCUGCCGGCCUCGGCUAUCGCCGCUCGCCACACUGCUCUCAUCGUGACGCCGACCGAGAGCCCCGUAUCGUCUCUGCCAGCGCCGACACAGCGUCGCGCCAGCUCGCCGAGCAACUUGCGCACGCGCCGCAUGGGCGUCAACAGCCUGACGCUCGACACGUCGCCGCCGGCCGCUCGCUUCCUCGAGCGCACCCACUGGUCCGCGCAGCCUGCCGCAUCAUCCAGCCUCCUGGCGCGUCGUCGUGCGAGCUCCAACCCGGUCGCCAGCACGAGUCAGACUGCCGCGAGCGGCCUGCUGCCGGCCCCGAUGAUCGUCUCGGACCACGCCAAGCGGAUCUCGGCGCCGGUGCCGCCAGCGUCUGACACGCAGGCGCUAUCACUCGCGCCUCUUGUCUUUGACGACAGCGAGUCGGACAGCGACGGCACCCUGACGCCGAACUGCUACUCGCCCACUGUGCCGUCGCCCAAGCGCGGCAACGCCUGCCUCGAGCCUGUUGCCGAUGCCGCAGCCGUCAACGCACAAGCGCGUCGCAGCUUUGCCCGCGCCAUCCGCCGUGCGUCGCAGGGCGAGGAGGCACGAGGCCCGCUGGACAUUGCCCGCGAGCGCGAGCUCGCUCCUACGCCGCCGCUGGGCGAGCGUACAGCCAAGCCGCGUCUCGCUGCCUCAAUGCCUUCGCGCCUCGCCGUUGCCUCACAGCUCAAGCGCAGCGUCAGCGACACGUCGCCGCUCGAGCUGCCGCUGGCGACCCUCUGGUCGCUGCCCGAGGAGGAGGUGCCGAGCUUUAGCUCGCAGAUGCCGCUCUCGCUGCCCGUGCUCUCGGUGCGCAAGCAGAUGGAGGAGGAGUUUGCCGACGCCACGGACCGCGCUGCCGCCAUUCGCGCCCGCAAGCGCAAUACCGUCUGCGGCGUCAUCGGCAUGGGCCUACCCUCGCCUCUCGGAGGCAGGAGCGAGCGCCGUGCAAGCAUCGCCACGCCGUCGUCCGUGCUCGCGGCCGCAGCCGAUGCUCGCCUCACGACGUCGGCGCGGCACACCCGCCGCACCGCUCGUCCUCUCUCCUGGGCGGCCGGCUCGAGCACCGAGGCGUGCGCACGCCUUGCCAAGCUCGGUGGCCCGAUCGCGGAGGAGGCCGAGGCCGAUGCAGACAAGGACGUCGCGGUCGAUCCCGAGGCCUCGGCUGCAGCAGAGGAGCUGCGUCUGCUAGCCUCCGUGCCGCGCGAGUACAGCAGCUCGGCUGCUCGUCGGGCGCUGCAGGCGCAGCCGGCCAACAUCCUGGCGCGCGUCGUCGGGCCCAAGCCUCCGCGUCCGCCCAAGUCGAAGCUGCGCAGCAUUGCGCCGUCGCCGGCUGCGCCGCCUCGUGUGGCCCUCGCCAUCGCCGCAUGCGAGCCACAGGCUGUGGCAACCGAGCAGGUGCAGCAGCGUGUGCUCGGCCCGGUGCCGCCAUCUCUGCGCGCCGACUUCGCGGCCAUCUCCCGCCGCCGCGCCUCGCUGCCCGGCAUGCCGGCUAUGGAGGGUCCAGCGAGCCCUCUGCCGCGCCUGGUGGCUCCAAAGCCCAUCUCGCCGACCCGACCGACCUUCGUGCACGGCGCCUCGUUCGUCGACCUCGUCGUGCCGGCGCCGUGCAGCCCUUCAUCGCGCCGCGGCAGCCUGAACCUCGGCGCUCGCAUUCCCUCUCUCGACGAGGCGAGCGAGCAGCACCGGCCCAUGCGCCGCCACUCGCUGCUGCUCGAGCCUGAGGCCGCGCCCCGCGAGGAGCACCGCACGACGCCGAGGCCAGACGAGGACGUCAAGGCCGUCGCGACGUCGGGCAACCUCCUCUGCUGA